AUUAAAAUUAUUUUUUUAUUGUUAUUUUUAUUUUUUUUAUUUAUGUUAUAUUACAAUAUUUAUUAUUUAAGAUUUAUAAUUAUAAUAGAAUUUGUAGUAUUUACUUUAUUGUUUUUAAUGAUUUAUUUUCAAAUAAAUCCUUGAUUGUUUUUAGUUUAUUUAGUUUUUUCUGUUUGUGAAUUAGUUUUAGGGUUAUCUUUACUUGUAAGGAUAAAUUAUGAAAUUGGUCAUCAAAAUUUAAGAAUAUUAAAUUUGAUCUUAUAG